UUUUCAUUCGCCACCAGAUAAGCAGCUUUUUUACGUAUAAAAGAAAUCCAGGGGCCACGACCGAGUCACGUUAGAGCCAAGCCCCUAUGCAAUGGUUAAAGGUUGUCGCAAAAUCCUCCUAGCGCUCGGGACCCUCGCUCUCUUGCAAGCUUCGUGUGGGUUUUCCUUAGAAAACCGCGAAUAUGUGCCUCACCCAGAUAUUGGCGCUACGCCGCCCGAGAUGAUCGUUAGACGCGGCUAUCCAGCUGAAACUCACUUCGUAACUACAGUCGAUGGCUAUAUUCUGCAAAUGCACAGAAUACCCCAGCCCGGAAAGCCGGUGGUCUUUUUGCAGCAUGGAUCCCUUUCUAGCUCUGCUGAUUGGCUUCUGAUGGGACCUGAGAGCUCACUUGCUUAUUUCUUGUUCGACAAUGGCUAUGAUAUUUGGAUGGGCAACGCUAGAGGCAACACCUAUUCCAAGAACCACACCUAUUUGUCCGUCGAAAGCAACUCUAAAUUCUGGGAUUUCACAUUCCAUGAAAUGGGUAUUUACGACUUGCCGGCUGAAAUUGAUUAUGUAUUGGAAAAUACCGGUCAGGCUCAGCUCAAUUACGUUGGGCACUCGAUGGGCACAACGCAGUUUUUCGUCCUCGGCUCCGAGCGGCCCGAGUACAACGCCAAGAUUAGACAGAUGCACGCUUUGGCUCCGGUGGCCUUCAUGGGCAGGGUCAGGUCGCCCCUGCUGUGGGCCCUUGUACCCUGGGUUUGGCAAUUUGAGUGGUGGAGUGGUGUUCUGGGUAACGGCGAAUACAUGCCCAGCCCCGAGUUCAGCGAGUCGGUCGCAAAUGAUAUGUGCGCUGACGGCUCAUACUUGCAAGAAAUUUGCAUGAUGCAACUUUUCAUGCUUUGCGGAUUUGACGCGGAACAGUUCAAUGAGACCGCUUUGCCCUUAAUGCAAGCUCAUUCCCCUGCUGGCACCUCAACCAAAACAAUCAUCCACUUCGCCAAGCACGUAGCUUCAUGGGAAUUCCAGCAAUAUGACUAUGGUUGGGUCGAAAACAUGAUUGUCUAUGGACAAAUGCUGCCCCCUAACUACCACCUCAACAAGGUCAUCGCCCCUGUAUACUUGCACUACGCCGACAACGACUGGCUGGCGCAUCCCCUGGAUGUGCAGAGAAUUGAGAACAACAUUGGUAACCUGAAGGCCAUGGUCAGAAUGGCACCUCCUUCGUUCAAUCACAUCGAUUUCAUUUGGGGAAUCGACGCGACCACUCUUGUCUACGAGCCUCUUCUCGCUUUCCUUCUUCAAGAAUCGUUUAUUGGUGCUAGUGUCUGCGUGGAAAAUAUGAGCCCUUUGGAGAGAAGUGCGACGCAGAUCGGCUGCUUUGUCCUGCUGCUCGCAUUAGCAAAUCGAAUUGGAGCUUUGCACGUGUUUGAUGCUGGUGAUGAGGCUAUAAAAGGUCACCGAGUAGGAAAUGACACUGCCACACAAGAUGAAUAUGUCGAUUUGAACCCGGCCCAGAUGAUUGCUAGAGCAGGCUACCCUGCUGAGUCGUACAUAGUGACCACCGACGACGGCUAUCUCUUAACUCUGGACAGAAUUCCUCCCAUAAAAGAUGGACCUGGUCAAAAGCACCCAGUUUUCCUGCAACACGGCCUUGUGUCGUCGUCAGCAGAUUGGCUCAUUCUAGGGCCAAGAAAAUCUCUUGCAUACUUAUUGGCGGAUGAGGGAUUUGACGUGUGGCUUGGAAACGUACGAGGCAACACAUACUCAAGAGCCCACCUCAAUUAUUCUACUUCAAGUUCUAAAUUUUGGAACUUUUCAUUCCAUGAAAUGGGCUAUUAUGACCUGCCAGCGGUAACAAGUUUUAUUUUACAAAAAUCUGGCCAGCCUCAGCUUAGUUACGUGGGCCACUCAAUGGGCACAACUAUGUUUUGGGUAUUUUGUUCCACCAGACCAGAGUUACAGCACAGGGUGCGCCAAAUGCACGCCCUGGCCCCAGUAGCCUACAUGUCACAAAUGCAAAGUCCACUUAGAAAUUUGGCUCCGUUUGAGAGAGAAUUACAGGUUUCGCUAGCGCUUCUCGGAGAAUAUGAAUUUUUAAGACAUGGAGCUCUGACUGGGUAUCUGGAAGAGGAAUUUUUGAAAAUCAAUCACAUUGGUUCAAAAGGAGCGGAAUAUGUGUUUUUCUACAUUUGCGGAUUUGAUCCAGCUCAAUUUAACAAAACUCUGCUACCAGACAUUUUGGGCCACACUCCUGCUGGUGCCUCGACGCAGACAGUUCUGCACUACCUGCAGGAGGUGAAAUCGGCCAAGUUCCGGCAAUACGACGAGGGAACCGCUGCCGGGAAUGAGCGGAAAUACGGCACGCCGGAACCACCGGAAUACGACCUGAGUCUGAUUGAAGUGCCCAUUUUCAUGCACUACAGCCUCAACGAUUACCUCGCAGGAACAGAGGACGUGAAGGAGUUUUAUGCAAAGUUGAAGGGAGGCACGGUGAAGUUGCUGCAAGUGCCUCUCAAGACCUUCAACCACCUUGACUUCAUGUGGGCCAACGAAGCCAAAAAAUACGUUUAUGACCCAGUGAUCUUGGCCCUGAAAAAGGGCACCUUGAUGGCCAAGGAGAAGGCUGAGGAGCGACUAACCAAGGAAAGACUGAGUCAGGACAUGCAGAAUUUGUCUGCCUCGGCGACCGCGCAGAAAGAGAUGGUGACCCAGAAAUACAAGGAACAUGUUCAGCCAACCAUUAGUCUCCUUGUGCGACAGCUCCAGCAGUUGAAUGAGCGCCAAGUGAGUGCCGAGUUGACCUACCGCUGGGCCCCAGACCUCAUUGGGCAACUUAAAAAACUGAAGCGGCGUGUGGCGACAGUUGAACGAGACAGGAGCUCCAAAAUAGAGGCUCUCGAGAGCGAGAGAGCUGGACAGCAGCAAGAAUGGUACCAUUCAGCCAUCAGCAGGGUCAAAAGGUACCCAGACCUGCUGGUGGUCAAAUCGGCGCCGCUGCUCGAUAGGAUGCUCUCAACACUAGCGCAUAAAGUGAACGAGACGGCUGCACAGGCUAAGCAAAGUCCUGCAAAACGGGAGGAGCAGGCGGCCAAAAAGUAGAAGACAAGAAACGGACAUUGAAUUUACUAUGCUAAAGAUUUUGAAACUUAAAUAAUACGUUAAUUCUGAAUCUGGCUAAGCUAAUUAUAUUAAAAUAUUUAAUGAAAACAAGAAUUAAAUGAAAGCGCAAAUAAAUUUGAAAAAAUGUGUGCAUAUUUUCCUGCA